AGACACCCUGUUCAUUAUUAUAGAAGAGUUUUGCUGCUGUCGUAACCUGCUGUUCAGAGACUGACAAUGCCUUUCUCUAGCAGAUGUUUGACUGAGUGGGGAGAGGAGAUUAAAGAUUUGGCUGAAAUGACUUAAAACAAUUGGGACUCUUCUGUUCUGACCAAUAGAAGAAAUAGUUGCGAUAGGAAACAAGAGUACAGAACUCCAAAACUAUCCCAGCUAAUGAGUAUCCAGGAUGAUGCAAGCUGCAGGACAAGCCUAUGUGUUGAUGUUCUGGCUCUGCCAACCCAGGUACCCUUGUGGGCAGGGCGUGAGAAGAUGCAGAGUUAACAACAUAGACUCCAGGAGGUUGCAAGCAAGCUUGUUUAUUAAACAAGGGGCUGAGAAUCUCCUGAAUCUACAGACAACACAAGUACAUCAGUGUACGAACGAAAGCCUCCAAUUAGAAUGGUGAAGGGGAUGUCUAGAAAACGCAGAUAUGGGUCGAAGAUCUUGGGAAAAUUGAAUUGGGAGGUCAAUGUUGUUCCUAAAGAUGCUGAAGGACCUGAAGCCCAAGCUGAAACUUGCAGAAAAACACCACAAAGUGAAAUGGAAGCGUCCCCUCAACCAGCUGGCGGUACAGCUUCACCAGUGGACCAGCAAAAGCCACCAGUGAGGAUGCUGGAGGUGGUAUAUAAUAAACGAAAAUGUGUUUCUGCAUUACUAAAGAAAAGGUGUAUCCAAACAACCGUGAUCCCGCUUGAUAUGGAUGGACCUCAAGUCAUCUCCAGUACCUCCAGAGAAACAUCACACAUUAAAACAGAAGUGGUACAUAAAAAUGCUGACAUUGCAUCUUCCUCAAGAGAACAGAGAGUGCCACCAGUGAUGAUGGUGGAGGUGGAGUCUAGAAAACGCAUUCCUGCAUUCUUAAGGGAAAUUUGUCGGAAGCAAUCUUUUGCCCCUCGGGAUGUGGAAGGACCUCCCGUCCCUGAAGGACCUUCUGCAGAAACAACACCAAUGCAAGUAGAAGCAUUACCUGAAAAGACACCAGUAAAGGUAGAAAAGGUGAAGAAUAGAAAAUUCAAUUGCAUAUUUUCAAUAUUUAGAAGAUUUUAUAAGAAGAAAACUAUCACCUCUCAAGAUGUAGAGGAACCUCCAGCUGCUCCAGCUGUCACUAGUACUUCUAAAGAAAUGCCACAAACACAAAGGGAAGGUUCUACAAAUGUCCCUGAUAUUAAACAGAUUUUUUGUCGAGAGGAAGAGUUCGACCAUCAUGAUGAGGGAGCUUGGGAAGAAUACCAAAGUUAUUUCCCAGGUGGUAUACAUGUUCCAGAAUCCAAGCAUACGGUGGCUUCCAACAUGCUAGGAAGCUAUGUAGCCCAGGUGGGAGACACAGAUGUUGAAGAACAGCAGAACAUCGAUAGUAAAGAGAGCUUUCCUGAUGCGUUUGAAGUACAGCUCUGGGAGCUGAGAAAGGUAUCAAGUACUGUAGCUCCGGUGCUGAAUGUGCUGUAUCUAGCCCCAACUAAAUCUUCAGAUGAAGAUAUUGUACCCAUAAAGAAGAAGAAGAAAAGGAGGAAGCGCUACUACUGAUAAAAAAAAGUCUCCAAUAUUGCCCAGGUUGCCAGAAUCAAGGAGAAGGAACCAGACCUACAGGCUCUGUCACACCCCAGGACACAUCCUGCUACCUGGCUGUUUAUGGACAACAGUCAGUGGGACCAGCCUUUGAGCAGCUUCAGAAGCUGCCUGUAUAGAUCAAUACAGCUCUCCUUAAUCAGUCUCAGGUUCCUAAAUGCCUUGCCUAUUGGAGCAGAUUGCCAACUCCUUUUUUUUAUUAAGAAAAAUUUUCCAUUCAUUUUAUACACCAAUCAAAGAUCUACCUCUUCCCUCCUUCUCCCCCCCCCCCAGCCUCCCCCUCAUAACCAACCCCUACUUCUCCCCGCAAGAAGGCAAGGCCUCCCAUGAGGAAACACAUCCAGUAGAAGCAAGUCCAAGCCCCUUCCCCCUGCCUAAGUCUGCUAGAGGUGUCCCAUAAUAGGUAGUGAGCUCCCAAAAGCCAGCUCACGCACCAGGGAUGGAUUCUGAUCCUACUGCCAGGGGGCCUCCCCAAACAGAUCAGGCUGCAUAAACUGUCUUGUCAUGAAGGGGGCCUAGCCCAGUCCCAUGCAGGCUCCACAGCCAUUGAUCCAACUUUCACGAGUUCCCACCAGUUUGGUUUGGUCAUCUCUGCAGGUUUCCCCAUCAUGAUCUUGAUGCACUUGCUCAUAAAAUCCUUCUUAUCUCUCUUUGACUGGACUCCUGGAGCUCUGCCUGGUGUUUGACUGUGCAUUUCUGCAUCUGCUUCCAUCAGUCACUGGAGAAAAGCUCUGUGAUGACAGUUGGGGUAUUCACCGAUCUGGUCACUGGGGUAAGCCAGUUCAGUUCAGGCACCCUCUCCACUAUUUCUAAUAGUCCAAGCUGGGGUCAUCCUUGGGGAUUCCUGAGAACUUCCCUAGCACCUGAUUUCUCUCUAUCCCCAUAAUGUCUCCCUCUAUCAUGGUAUCUCUUUCAUUGCUUUCCCACUCCAUCCCUGUUCCUGCUCAACCAUCCCAUUUUCUUAUGUUCUCAUCCUCUAUCCCCUAUCCUCCAUUGUCCAUCCCUCAUCCCCAUUUUACUCAAGGAGUUCUCAUCUAUUUCCUUUUCCCAGGGCGAUCCAUGUGUCCCUCUAUGGUCUUCCUUGUUAGCUAGCUUCUCUGGAGUUGUGGGUUGGAGUGUGGUUAUCCUUUGUUUUACAUCUAGAAUCCACUUAUGAGUCAGUAUAUACUAUGUUUGUCCUUCUGAGUCUGGGUUACCUCACUCGGGAUGAUAUUUUCUAGUUUCAUCCAUUUGCCUACAAAUUUCAUGAUGUCAUAGUUUUUCUCUGCUGAGUAGUACUCCAUUGUGUAUAUGUACCACUUUUUCUUAAUCCAUUUUUCAGUUCAGGGGCAUCUAGGCUGUUUCUAUAUUCUGGCUAUUACAAAUAAUGCUGCUAUAAACAUAGUUGAGCAUGGGUCCUUGUGGUAUGAUUGAGCAUUCCUUGAGUAUAUGCCGAAGAGUAGUAUAGCUGGGUUUUGAUGAAGAUUGAUUCCCAAAUUUCUGAGAAACCGCCAUACUGGUUUCCAGAGUGGCUGUAUAAAUUUGCACUCCCACCAACAGUGGAGGAGUGUUCCUGAUGCUCCACAUCCUCUCCAACAUAAGCUGUCUUUAAUUGUUUUUGUUUGUUUUAUAGAAGGAAGAGUUUAUUUUGACUUGUAGUUCCAGAGGGUUAGGGGCCCAUCUUGGCAGGGAGGCAUGACAGCAAGAACAGGAAGCUGAGAGCUCACAGCCUCAACUGAAAACAUGAAGCAAAGAGAGUUAACUGGAAGUGUUGAGCUUUUAAUCUCUAAUCGCUUCCCUAGUGACAUACUUCCGCCAACAAGGCCCACCAUCCAAGCCUCCCACAACAGCACCAUCAACUGGGUGCCAAGUGUUCAAAUAUCUGAGCAUAUAGGCGACAUUGUCAACUCCAUCCAGGUAUCUCUAAAGUGAAAGCUAAGGAGCAAUUUGUCUCCUGAUAGCUUAUGUAGUAGAAUACUUUUAAUGUUGUCUUGGGAACUCACAUCUCUCUGGUUAAUUCACCUGUACUCAUACCUGUUCCAAACUUUUCCAAACUUAUCUCCUCACAUCUCAAAGGAGGAGGAAGUCAUCUUUGAUUUUUCAGAGAAUAAAAAGAGUUCUGUCUUCAUUGUUUUUGAUCAUAGCCAUUCUGACAGGUGUAAGAUGGUAUCUCAGAGUCGUUUUUAUUUGCAUAUCUCUGAUGUCUAAGGAUGUUUAGCAAUUUCUUAAAUGUUUUUCAGCCAUUUGAGAUUCUUCCUUUGAGAAUUCUCUGUUUAGCUCUGUAGCCCAUUUUUUUUUAAGAUUGUCCAUUAUUUUGAUGUCUAGUUUCUUGAGCUCUUUAUAUAUUUUGGAAAUUAGUCCUCUGUCACAUGUAGGGUUGGUGAAGAUGUUUUCCCAUUUUGUAAGCUGUCAUUUUGUCUUAUUUACUGUGUCCUUUGCUUUACAGAAGCUUCUCAGUUUCCAGAGGUCCCUUUAUUAGUUGUUGCUCUCCGUGUCUGUGCUACUGGUGUUAUAUUUAAGAAGUGGUCUCCUGUGCCAAUACAUUCAAGGCUACUUCCUACUUUCUCUUCUAUCAGGUUCAGUGUAACUGGAUUUAUGUUGAGGUCUUUGAUCCGUUUGGACUUGAGUUUUUUGCAUGGGGAUAGAUAUUGAUCUAUUUACAUUCUUCUACAUGUCCACAUCCAGGUUUGCCAGCACCAUUUGUUGAAGAUGCUUUCUUUUUUCCAUUGUACAGUUUUGGCUUCUUUGUCAAAAAUCAGGUGUUUAUAGGUGUUUGGAUUAAUGUCAGGGUCUUCAGUUAGAUUCCAUUGGUCUACAUACCGGUUUUUAUGCCAAUACCAAGCUGUUUUAAUUACAAUAGCUCUAUAGUAGAGCUUGAGGUCAGGUAUCGUGAUGCCUUCAAAGGUGGCUUUAUUGUACAGGAUUAUUUUAACUAUCCUGGGUUUUCUGUUUUUUCAAAUGAACUUGAGUAUUGUUCUUUCCAGGUCUGUGAAGAAUUGUGUUGGGAUUUUGAUGGGGAUUUCACUGAAUCUAUAGAUUGCUUUUGGUAAGAUUGCCAUUUUUACUUUGUUGAUCCUACCUAUCCAUGAGCAUGGGAGAUCUUUCCAUCUUCUGAUACACUCUUCAAUUUCUUUCUUCAGAGACUUAAAGCUUUUGCCAUACACUUUUCCCACUUGCUUAGAGUUAACCCAAGGUAUUUUAUAUUAUUUGUGUCUAUUGUAAAGGAUGAUGAUUCUAUGAUUUCUUUCUCAGUCUAUUUGUCAUUUGUAUAUAGGAGGGCUACUGAUUUUUGAGUUAAUUUUAUUUCCUGCCACAUUACAGAAGUUUAUUAUCUGUAGGAGUACCCUGGUAGAAUUUUUGGGGUCACUUAUAUAUACUAUCUUAUCAUCUGCAAAUGGUGAAAGUUUGACCUCUUCCUUUCCAGUUUGUAUCUCCUUGAUCUCGAUUUGUUGUCUUAUUGCUCUAGCUAGAACUUCAAGUACUAUAUUGAAUAAAUGUGGGGAGAGUGGAGAGUCUUGUCUUGUUCCUGAGUUUAGUGGAGUUGCUUUGAGUUCCUCUCCAUUUAAUUUGAUGUUGGCUGUUGGCUUGCUGUAAAUUCUCUUUAUUGUGUUUAGGUAUGUUAUUUAUAUUACUGCUCUCUCCAAGGCCUUUAUCAUGAAGGGGUAUUGGAUCUUGUCAAAGGCCUUUUCAGCAUCUAAUGAAAUGAUCAUGUAGGUUUUUUUCUUUCAGUUUGUUUAUAUAGUGUAUUACAUUGACAGAUUUUCAUAAGUUGAAACAUCCUUGCAUCUCUGGGAUGAAGCCUACUUGAUCAUGGAUAAUUUUUUUGAUGUGUUCGUGGAUCCAGUUUGCCAAUAUUUUAUUGAGUAUUUUUUGCAUCAAUGUUCAUGAGAGAGAUUGGUCUGUAAUUCUCUUUCUUUGUUGCAUCUUUGUGUGGUUAGGGAAUCAGAGUAAAUCAUAAAAGGAGGUUGGUAAUGUUCCUUCUGUUUCUAUUGUGUGGAACAAUUUGAAGAGUAUUGGUAUUAGCUCUUCUUUGAAUAACUGGUAGAAUUCUGCUUUGAAGCCAUCUGGUCCUGGGAUUUUUUGGUUGGGAGACUUUUAAUGACUGUUUCUAUUUCCUUAGGGGUUAUUGGUCUAUUUAAAUUGUUUAUCUGAUCUUGAUUUAACUUUUGUAUGUGGUACCUAUCCAGAAAAUUAUCCAUUUCCUUUAGAUUUUCUAAUUUUGUGAAGUCAGGUUUUUGAAGUAUGACCUGAUGAUUCUCUGGAUUUCCUCACUGUCUGUUGUUAUGUCUCCCUUUUCAUUUCUGAUUUUGUUUAUUUGGAUACUCUCUCUGUACCUUUUGGUUAAUUUGGAUAAGGGCUUGUCUAUCUUAUUGAUUUUCUCAAAGAACCAACUCUGUUUCAUUGAUUCUUUGUAUUAUUCUCUUUGUUUCUAUUUUUAUUGAUUUCAACCCUCAAAUGUCUAUUCCUCCUGGAUGAGUUUGCUUCUUGUUGUUCUAGAGCUUUUAGGUGUGCUGUUAAGUCACUAGUGUGAUAUUUCUCCAACUUUUUUUGUGGGCAUUUAGUGCUAUGAAUUUUUCUCUUAGCACUGCUUUCAUGGUGUCCCAUAAAUUUGGGUAUGUUGUACAUUCAUAUUCAUUGAAUUCUAGGAAGUCUUUACUUUCUUAUUUCUUCCUUGACCAAUUGGUGAUUCAGUUGGCAUUAUUCAGUUUCCAUGAGAUUGUAGCCUUUCUGCAAUUUUUGUUGUUGAAAUCUAGUCUUAAGCCAUAGUGGUCCCAUAGAAUACAGGAAGUUAUUCCAAUUUUUUGUAACUGUUGAGAUUUGCUUUGAGACAGAGUAUGUGGUUGAUAUUAGAGAUGGUUUUUUGGGGUGCUGAGAAGAAGGUAUAUUUUUUGUGUUAGGGUGGAAUGUUCUGUAGAUGUCGAUUAAGUCCAUUUGAGUCAUUGUAUCUGUUAGUUCCCUUAUUUCUCUGGUAAGUUUCUGUCUGGCAGAUCUGUCCAGUGGUGAGAGUGGGGUGUUGAAGUCUCCAACUAUUAAUGUGUGGGUUUUGAUGUGUGAUUUAAGCUUUAGUGUUGUUUCUUUUACAAAUGUGGGUGCCCUUGUAUUUGGGGCAUAAAUGUUCAGAAUUGAAACUUCAUGUUGGUGGAUCUUUCCUGUGAUGAGUAUAUAACGUUUUUUCCUGACCUCUUUAGAUUGAUUUUAGUUUGAAGUCUAUUUUGUUAGAUAUUAGGAUAACUACAUCAGCUUGCUUCUUAAAUCUGUUUGUUUGGAAAGUCUUUUACCAGACUUUUACUCUGAGGUAGUGUCUGUCUUUGAAGAUGAGGUAUGUUACUUAUAUUCAGCAGAAAGAUGGAUACUGAUUUGGUAUCCAUUCUGGCCUGUGUCUUUUUAUAGGUAAAUUGAAUCCAUUGACAUUAAGGGAUAUCAAUGACCAGUGAUUGUUAAUUUCUGUUAUCUUUUGGUCGUAGUGUGUUUGUAUUUCCCUUCUUUGGGAUUUACUGCUGUGGUGUUAUCUAUUGCCUGUGUUUUCAUGGGUGUAUCUGACUUCCUUAGGUUGGAAUUUUCCUUCUAGUGCUUUCUGUAGGGCUGGAUUUGUGGAUAGGUAUUGUUUAAAUCUAGUUUUGUCUUGGAAUGUCUUGUUCACUCUGUCUAUGGUGAUUGAAAUUUUUGCUGGGUAUAUUAGUAUAGGCUGACAUCCAUGGUCUCUUAGUGUCUGCAUUACAUCUGACCAGGUACUUCUGGCUUUCAAAGUCUACCAUUGAGAAGUCAAGUGUUAUACUGAUGGGUCUGCCUUUAUAAGUCAUUUGGCCUUUUUCCUUUGCUGUUUUUAAUAUUCUUUCUUUAUUCUGUAUGUUUAGUGGUUUAAUAUGUGGUAAGAGGGCUUUUUGGGGGGUCUAGUAUAUUUGGUGUUCUAUAAGCUUCUUGUAUCUUCAUAAGUAUUUCCUUCUUUAAGUUGGAAAAAGUUUUCUUCCAUGAUUUUGUUAGAUAUAUUUUCUGUGCCUUUGAGUUGGUAUUCUUCUCCUUCUUCUAUCCCUAUUGUUCUUAGGUUUGGCCUUUUCAUGGUGUCCCAGAUUUCCUAGACAUUUUGUGUUAAGACUUUUUUGGGUUUAGUGUUUUCUUUGACUGACAAAUCUAUUUCCUCUAUUGUAUCCUCUACACCAGAGAUUCUGUCCUCCAUCUCUUGUAUUCUGCUGGUUAUGCUUGCAUUGGUAGUUCCUGUUUGUUUACUCAGAUUUUUUAUUUUCAGCAUUCUCUCUGUGUCUUCUUAUUGCUUCUAUUUCCCUUUUCAGGUCUUGAACUGUUGCUUUCACCUUGUUUAAUUGCUUUUUCAUGGUUUUCUAGGCUUUCUUUAAGGGAUGUAUUGAUUUCUUCCAAUUUUUUGUUUUUCUUGUCCUUAAUUCUUUUAAAGGAAUUUUUCAAUUUAAAGACCUCUAGCUUAUUCAUGAAGUUAUUUUUAAGGUUGCUUUCUUCUGCUUCUACAUUGUGAUGCUCAGGUCCUGCUGUUAUAAAAGGCCUAGAUCUGGUGAUGCCAUAUUGCUCUUUAUGUUGUGGUAUGUGUUUUUGCACUGGCAUCUACCCAUCUCUUCCUCCAGUAGGUACAAGAGUUGCCUGUUUCUGAGCAAGCUGCUAUUAGUCCAAUCUGUGUUUGCUGUGUCUUAUGUCUCACAGGGCCCCUCUGUGUCCAAUCUUAGCUCUUGGUCUAAUUAGAGCUGGCAGAUUCUGUAUCUCAGGGAGCUGCUCUUGGUCGAAUCCAAGCUAGCUGAUUCUGUGGCUCAGGGAGCUACUCUUGGCUCUUUGUCCAGUGAGAGCUGGCAGAUUCUGUGCCUCAGGAAGGCACUAGUGUUGCAGGAGUAUGGGUAUUGGGGUAGGGUGUGGGUCUUGUAAAUUGCUGGGUCCAAUGGGGGGUUGGUAGGGAAGCCUGCCUACAGGAGUCUUCCCUGCUGGCCAUCAACUGGAGCAGAGAUGGGUGGGGGUUCCUGGAGACUGGUUGUGUCCCAAGGCCUAGGUCCUCAAAGCAGGACUCUCUGGGUUAGAGAAGAGUCACUCACCUCUUGGUCCAAUGACAGAUGGCAUAUUCUGUGUCUCAGAAAGAUACUGGUGUCACAGGGGGUUGGGUAUUGAGUUAGAGCAUGGGUCUUGUAGAUUGCUGGGUCUGAUGGGGAUUCUGGUGGGGGAGCCUGCCCAGAGGAAUUUUCCCUGUUGGCCUGCAACUGGGGCAGAGAUGGAUGGGGGUUUCCAGGGACUGGUUGUAUCCCAGCACCUGGGUCCUAGAGGCAGGACUCUGAUUGCCAAUUUUUUAAAGACAGCUUCUUUGCUUUUUGUUGUUUUGUUUUUUAGUUUUAAGUGCUUUUAAUAGCUUACAACUUUUAAUUAUGUUUAUGUAUGUUUUAGCAUCAUAAUAAUAUAAUGCCAAUAAUCCUGUAUAAAUGUCUUUUUUGUUAUUAUUUCUAUAUCCAUGAGUAUGCUCACAGAGUACAAAAUAGCAUGUCAAAUUCCCUGGAGCUAUUGUGAUAGACAAUUGUGACCCAUCCUAUAUAGCUACUUAGAACUGAGAUCCAGUUCUCUGAAAGAACAGCAAGCACACUUAGCUACUGAGCCCUCUUUCUAGUACCCAGAUCUCCAUCUUGAAGGCACAUUUGAUAUUUUGAGAGUAUCCAGCCAUAGAUACAGAUAGGCUUAAAAGCACUCCCCCAGAAUAUCUCCAACACCUAGGGCAGGAGGUGUGGAAGUCUCUAAGAGGAGUAUAUCAUCCCUGAACACCCCCCUGUAGUAUACCGGAGUCCUGGAGACCAAUAGUAGGUAAUGUUCCUCUGGAGACACCUCAGAACUUCACUGGGUAGCUGGGGAGCCUAAGAUAGCCAAUUUCAGUCUUGCUCCUUCAGAAGCUGGGCUUGGUCCCUGGGGUGUCUUCCAGAUCUCCAGUCCUUAGAUAAAAGUGACAGAGGCCCUCACCCUGCUACAGUACUGAAGGGACCUGCCACAGUGUCUUUAUUCCACACAGGCUUUGAAUCAGGUCCACCAGACCAAAGCCAUUCCUGGAAGAGUCCUAUGUAUCCUCAACAGGUCCUAGACACUGUGGGAUUGGUACCCACUGAGAGGUCCUCCUCACUGGGUGAGCAAAGCAAGUGUCUUGAGAGAGCCAAUUUUAGAUGCCUUUGAUAUAGAUGGGCUACCUAUAUAAUGCCUCUGAAACCUGGGAGAGUAGCCCACAGCUUAGCAAGGAAACCCAGUGUUGUAGCACAAAUCUAACUGGUCUUAAUAAUAAAAACCCAGAGUCAGAUAUCAAAAAGAAAGCUGAAAGAUAAGAAAGCAGAGCAGCCAGCCACUAGACUUCCUACUUCUUCAAAAUCCUCAGCCUGAAAGGAGACUGGGUUCCUAUCUCCUCCUGCCUUAUAUUCCUCAAUCCACCAGCCAUAUCAGUUCCUGUCUCCAUCUCCCUAGUGCUAGAAUUAAAGGCCUGAGAUCCCAAGGGCUGGGAUCAAAGGUGUAUGCCACCAUUGCCUGUCCUCUAUGACUAACUAGUUGCUGGCUUUGCCCUCUGGUCUUCAGGCAAACUUUAUUUGUUAGAGCAUACACAAAAUAUCACCACACAGUGUGCUAAAGGAAGCAGAUUCUGGUUACACAGCUGGCUGUUUAGGUUCAUGGCCUGGAACCUGGACAUCCAGAAUCACCCAGGAAGAGGCUUACCCAUGUUUUACAGUACCUGAUAAAUUACAGGUUCCAGCAUAGUCAAAUGCUGCUGUUAGGGCAUGUUGAUCUCUUCACAGAAGUCUUUUUUUUCAUAGAAGCUCAUCUUAAGAUUGCAACCUGGCCCCAAGAGAUCACAAUAACCCUCAACACACUUAUUGAUCUAGAAGCUCACAUCUGAUUCACAGGUAAGAAGGUGAAUCAGAAUGAAAUCUGUCCACCAAGCCAGAAGAAGGGGGCAUGCCCAAAGACCCAUGAACAGACUCCAAGGAGGCUGGGAUGAUCUCUGCAGAGAUCUCAUGCUUCGCAAGGCUCAGAAUGACUUUGAGUUCAACAUCUAUGUCACUGAGUGAGAGACUGAGACACAGGCAAGACUUUCCUCAUGUACCUUCUGCACCAUGGUGCCUUUACCACUGAUCAUCAACCUCUGGGAAGGCAGCCUUGGAGGUAAAGCUUCUUACCAGGUCAGCAACCUGGAUUUCACAGAAGAGAGCCAAGAGUGUUUGGCAUGAGCAGAGCCUGAAAAAGAGCAGAUUCAAUCCCGCUUCCUCUAUCCAUUGUCUAAAAGAUCUGUGGAUGGGAGCAUAUUGGUCAGGUGAUUUUGAAAAAUAUGAAUGGGCAGCUUCACCUCUUCUUCUGCUCCACCAGAUUCAGUCCACCCAGUCUCAACCCCAGCUCUGUUGAAGAACACCUGCUGCAGUCUCCCUUUCUUCUCUGACCCCAUCCCCAGUGGACCACAAAGAUCUUCUCCUACAACCUUCCUUUCCUCAACUGAUCCCAUUAUUUCAAGCUCCAAUGCCAGCAGGCAUUCAUCUGGAAAACACCAGGUGAACAGUCUAGGGAAACAAAGCCCUGAAACCAAACCACUGUAGGCAGACUUUUCUUUCCUGCCCACCAGGAAAGUUACCAAAUAACUGACACUUAGAAUUAAUGCAAAUUAUACAUGCUUGGUCAAUAGCUAAUUCUUAUUACUAAUUCUUACAACUUAAAUUAACCCAUUUCUGUUAAUACAUAGGUAUUGCCACAUGGCUCAUGGCUUUACCUGUUCUCCAGUAUGUCUUAUUUCCUCUGUAUAUCCUGGAGACCUGUUAGACUCUGCCCUCAUUUCCAGCAUUCUCUCUGCCCUGAAAAUCCUGCCUUGCCAUCUAUCAAUCAGCUUUAUAUUAACAAUGAGAGCAAUAGAUAUUUACAAAGAUUGUUCCACAACAUACCAAAGCAGACCCUGAAUAUUCCAAUUUAGCUGAAAGCACUAGAAAAAGACCUUAAAACAGUCAGUAUGAAGAUGAUAGAGGUUCUUAAUGAGGAAAUUAAUAAAUCUCUUAAAGAAAUUGAUGAAAAUACAAGCAAACAGUAGAAGGAAAUGAAUAAGUUUCUUAAAUAAAUACAGUAAAGCACAAAGAAACAGAAGAAGGAAAUGAAUAAGGCAGUUCAAGACCUGAAAAUGGAAAUAGAAUCAACAACAACAACAAAACCCAACUGAGGGAAUUCUGUAAAUGAAAAACUCAGAAAUUUGAACAGGAACCAACAGAAUACAAGAGAUGGAUGAGAGAUUAUCAGAUGUUGAUGAUAUGAUAGAAGAAACUGAUACAUUAGUAAAGAAAAUGUUAACUCUAAAAAACUUCUGGCACAAAAUAUCCAGGAAAUAUGGGACACUAUGAAAAGACUAAAUCUAAGAAUAAUAGGAAUAGAGGAAAGAAAAGAAACAUAGCUCAAAUGCCCAGAAAAUAUUUUCAACAAGACUGUAGAAUAAAAUUUUCUUAACCUAAAAAAGGAGGUGUGAAUAAAAGUACAAGAAGCAUACAAAGCACUAAACAGGUGGGACCAGAAAAGAAAGUUCCCUUCAGCACAUAAUCAGAAUACUAAAUAUAUAGAACAAUGAAAAAAUAUUAAAAGUUACAAGGGAAAAAGACCAAGUGACAUAUAAAGGCAGACCAAUUAGAAUUACAUCUGACUUAUCCAUGGACACUCUAAAAGCCAGAGUAGCCUGGACAGAUAUUCUACAGACUCUAAGACACCACAGCACAGAUGCCAGCCCAGAGUACUAUACCCAGCAAAAUUUUCAAUCACCAUAGAUAAAGCUGUGGUGGUUUGAAAGAGAAUGGUCCCAAAGGGAGUGGCACUAGAAGGAGAUGUGGCCUUGGUGGAGUAGGUGUGGUCUUGUUGGAGGAAGUAUAUCAUGUGGAGGCAGUGUUUGAGGUCUCAUAUAUGCUCAAGAUAUUGCCCAGUGUUUCAGAUCACUUCCUGUUGCUUGCUUGCAAGAUGUAGAUUCUCAGCCACUUUUCCAGCAACAUGUCUGCCUGCAUUCUGCCAUUUCGCACUGUGAUGAUAAUGGACUAAACCUCUGAAAAUAUAAACAAUCCAACCCAAUAAAAUGUUUUCCUUUAUAAGAG